GAAGCGCUCUUCCUCUUCUUGCGUGGGUGACGACAGCUGCUCUGCAUUCUAGACCGAAUAGAAAAGUUUGCAAAGUCUGAGUUCUCUGCAGCUGCCAACUCACUCACUCACACACACAUCAGUUUCCUUUUCACACAAGAAGCGCUCUCAUAGCUGAAGGAAGGAGGGAUCAGACACACCUUAACCUUCCAUCCAUCUCCAGACAAGGUUUACCCAAGAUGUGGACUCUUCUCUUGGGGGUCACCUUAGGACACCUGGCCUCCUGCAGGUCAGAGCAACUUCAAGUCAAUUCUCGCAGCUGCAGCUAUGCCGGGGUGUUUCUUGUCGAGGGAGAAGCUCGUCAUUUUCUGACCUUUGACAACGCUUUAAAGGUGUGCCAGCAGGAGCAGAGCGUCAUGGCAACACACGACCAAGUCAGACAAGCAUUUGAUCAAAAAAUGGAAACCUGCAGGCAUGGCUGGAUCAGCAACAUGAGCACUGCCAUUCUCAGACACACACACCAUGAAAACUGUGCAAUGAACUCAACCGGUUUCAUCCUCCACCCUCGCCAGGACCUGAACGAAUCGUUUGAUGCUUACUGCUUCGAUGAAACAGUGGGACCUGAGAUGAAUUGUGAUAAGGCGUUUGACAGAAGUCCAGAAAAACCUUCCCCAGAGCCUGGGCUACAGGUGUCCACUGCAGAGGAAUUAAAACCCUUUGAUGGAGUAACUGAAAUGACUUCACCGGGCACAGGAAUCACUCUAGAACCGGAGGCGGCUACCACGUCACCUGCAGUGGAGGACAGUUCACUCCAAUGGGAACACAAUGUCAGUGUCUUCUUCACCCAGACUCCUUGGGACGUGGAUCAGCCCACGGGAUCCGGUAUGCUGCCAACCUUGUCUGAGGGGGAAACAAUGACAACCAGUCCCCCUGGCGGAGAGACCAACCAAACACAGCUCCCUGUGGACAACAAGCAGGGUGACGCCAAAGUAGACCCUCCACAACAACCCCCUAACGGCAAGAAAAGGAUGAAUGACGUUCCACAGACCGAUCAUCGGGAGGGCAAUGAAUCAGGGAACUGGCUGGUCAUCCUCUGCGUUAUUGUGGCAGUAGCUGCUAUCUUCUUUGUGUGUGUGGCUGUUGCUAAAAGGAAGAGCUGGUGUGGCAAGAAGCAAACCCUGACGAUUACCUCCAAAGAGAGCGAGGGGAACGGAGCAGCGGGAGUCGUAGCAUCCAACUCCCAGGCCCAGGAGAGGGAGCAGGAAAUGGUGACCCUCAUGAGCAAGGAGAAGAUCCAGGAGAACGGCAACACAGAGGAGUUCACCGCCAUCACGCUAGAGGAGACGGCUGAUAAAGAGGUGUGAUGUCGGGCGGUUAAAUGGCGUUCUUAAUUGCUUUGGUGGUCAGCACUGGAUGGACACUCGGCGGGUGUUAGCACAUAGAUAUGUGUCAUGUAGAAUCUUAGCGAUGGCAUAUUGUUUCUCAUAAUAGUGAGGGUAGGCGGGGGGGAUGGGAAACAUGCGUAACUUGGGUGGGAGUGUGUUUGUGUGCCACUUUUUGUGUACAUGUAAUGUUUGUUUUCCACAAAAAGAUUGUUUGCUUUUUUGUUUUAUAUAAGGAAGUGAACCAAUCAGCCGAAAUGUGAGAAAACCCAAACUACGACAAUGGAAUUGAAUGAAAAAUCCUGUGUCAUAUCAAAUAUGAGCAAAACAAUCAAUAACAUAUUCUGUAUUUGUCCUGACAUUUCCUCUAGACCAGGGGUGUCAAACGUACGGCCCGCGAACAGGUUUUAUCCGGCCAGCGGGAUGAGUUUGCUCAGUAUUUAAACUGAGUCUGAAUUUUUGAAUGAAAGAAACCGUUGUUUUAAAUUUGUCCACUAGAUGUCGCAAUAGCAAUUCUUUGUAUCUUUGUAGAUCAGGGGUAGGGAACCUAUGGCUCUAGAUCAGGGGUAGGGAACCUAUGGCUCUAGAGCAGGGG